GCAAAUAAAGAUGCCCUCAGAGAGAGGGAAGUGUUGGCCUCUGGUGGAGUUUGCGUGGGACUGGGGGACUGAGUGGCACUUCGUUCCCAUCUGCCCAGGCCCUCACCAUGCCCACCAUCUUCCCGGAAUUGGAUCUGGAGAACUUUGAGUACGAUGAUUCUGCCGAGGCCUGUUAUGUGGGCGACAUUGUGGCCUUUGGGACCGUCUUCCUGUCCAUCUUCUACUCCCUCGUCUUUGCCUUCGGUCUGGUGGGAAAUCUGUUGGUGGUACUCGCCCUCACCAACAGCCGGAAGCCCAAGAGCAUCACCGACAUCUACCUCCUGAACCUGGCCUUGAGUGACCUGCUCUUUGUGGCCACCUUGCCCUUCUGGACUCACUACCUGGUCAGCGAGGAAGGCUUCCACAACGCCGUGUGCAAGCUCACCACUGCCUUCUUCUUCAUCGGCUUCUUUGGAGGCAUAUUCUUCAUUACCGUCAUCAGCAUCGAUAGGUACCUGGCCAUUGUCCUGGCCGCCAACUCCAUGAACAACCGAACGGUGCAGCACGGUGUCACCAUCAGUCUGGGCGUCUGGGCGGCGGCCAUCUUGGUGGCGGCACCCCAGUUCAUGUUCACAAAGAGAAAGGAAAACGAGUGUCUGGGUGAUUACCCCCAAGUCCUCCAGGAAAUCUGGCCCGUGCUCCGCAACUCGGAAGUAAACAUCCUGGGCUUCAUACUGCCCCUGCUCGUCAUGAGCUUCUGCUACUUCCGAAUCCUCCAGACUCUGUUUUCCUGCAAGAAUCAGAAGAAGGCCAGGGCCAUCCGACUCAUCCUCCUCGUGGUGGUGGUCUUCUUCCUCUUCUGGACGCCCUACAACAUCGUGAUCUUCAUGGAGACUCUCAAAUUCUACAACUUCUUCCCUAGUUGUGACACAAAGAGGGACCUGAGGCUGGCCCUCAGUGUGACGGAGACAGUGGCGUUCAGCCACUGCUGCCUCAACCCCCUCAUCUACGCCUUUGCUGGGGAAAAGUUCAGGAGAUACCUUGGACACCUGUACAGGAAGUGCCUGGCUGUGCUGUGCUGCCGUCCUGUCCACGUCAACUUCACGCCGGAAUCCCAGCGGAGCAGACAGGAGAGCAUCCUGAGCAGCUUCACUCGUUACACAAGCGACGGAGAGGGCUCUCUCCUGCUCUGAAAAGCCUGGACCCCACUGCAAACCCAGACUCUCUCCUGCUCUGAAAGCCUGGACCCCACUGCGAACCCAGACUUCUUGACUCUGACUCCGGGUAAUGAAGACAGACUUUCUCCUGCUGUGUCCUAUGUGCAAGAAACAUGGACUUGAUGCCUACAAAACAACCCCACAGUGUUUUUGAAAUUUUUUUGUUCAAUUCAUGAACGAUACACAUAUUGCUGGCUGUAAAUGCUGAACACUGGGGCUUAUGCAUGACAAAGCUUCUAACCCGAUUGGAGAAGUCACAAAGGGGUGGUAAGGGUCAUUCACGUGGUCAUGUGGGGGAGAGGCUGAUUAAAUCCUCAGACUGAGAGGAAACGAAGCUUUGAAUCCAGCUAGAAUGUCCCCUCUCUGGCCUUCAGAUUCUGAGUACUGACAGGGUAUCCAGACACACAUUCCAUAGCUUCAGCGCCAGAGAAGGACCUGGUCUAUCUCUGAUUUCAAGGUCAGCAUUCCCAGGGAAGGACUUCCACUGGCCAAGCUGUGUCACGUGCCCAUCCCUUGAUUCCUCUUGAGGAAGAGACCUGGUCAGUCAUCCUCAUCAACAUAGACCAUGAGACCCUAUAUGGACAAGUUCAACAGAACCGCCAUAUAUGGGCUGCCCGUGCACGCUUCAGCAUUGCCAGGGCAUUCAUUCAUUCAUUCAUUGAAAUAGAACUGAUCUAAGAUAUUAUUGGAACCUGAAGGUUGGAGGUUGAGGAAGAUCUAUUUCUAAGAAAUUGGAGGGCGGGAACUACCUUGAUAAGACAGAACAAGAUCAGCUCCUCUGCCUUACCAGGGGACUGACUGACCCAGGCUCUCCCCUCAGCAACCAGCCUGUGUCUACUGCCAGCUUCUUCAUUAAGCCCGUCUUGAGAAUGUCCUGGAAAUUCCAAGGGCUCCCACUGACCACUGCAUCGAAUGUAAACUCAAGGGCCUGGCCUCUGAGACCAGAGACAUAAGAUGCAGUUCAAAAAUAGACUCUACACUGCCUCCUCCUCCUUCCCAAAGAACGUCACCCACGCUGCUGCCAGGUCCCUUCCAAUAUCCCUCUGCUUCUCUCAACACCCCCCACCGGGGGAGGCGGGAGAAAGAAUCUCACCCCAGAGUGAAGGGAUGGAUUUAUAUCCUAGCUCUGUCAUUUGUAAUUGGGGAGACCGGAACCAACAGAGCUUCAGCCCCUCACAUAUAGAAAAGGGACAGUGGUGGCCUCAUCUAUUCUCACAUGGCAAAUGAGCCAGGAAUUUAGCUUCCCCUGUGUCUGGCACUGUUGAGCUGCCUCUGAGUGACAGCGCAGAUGGAGUGGGAGGAGCCUGCAGGAGACCCCCAUUCCCACAGUGAUGCUCAGCGGCACCUAGAUCUACAGACCCCUAACCGUCUCCCUGCUGCCAAUCAAGAGCCUGUGAGAGCAGCUUGCUUUCUGCGCUCAACCCGAAAGCAUCAUGUGGUCUAACCACAGGAGACCCUCACAGCUGCACCCACUGACUGGGGACUGCACAGUUCUGUAACUUGCUUUCUAAAAAGCGCUGGGUCCCAGUUGCUCUCUGUUCCUGUGUAGCACUGUAAUACCCAUUUGAGAAGUCUCCCCCCCGUGAUGGUGGCACUGAGGAAGCCGUGGCAUGUGGCUCACUGUGGCGUGUCUGAUGUCUCCUUGGCAGUCUGCGUGUUUGUUCCAAGGGUGGCAGACGGAGUCACAGCCCUCACAGGCAUGUCCAGCAUGUUGACAUUGCAACACAACGCUGUCUUCUACAGCAGUCACAACUGAGAACCUCAAAAUUUAGUUACCGAAGUGGGGAGACGGGAAAGAUGGCUCAGUGGCUAAGAGCACUGGCUGCUACUCCAGAGGACUAGGGUUCAAUUUCAAGAACCCACUUAGUGUCUAACAAUGGUCUUUAACUCCAGUUUCAGGUGAUCCAACAGCCUCUUCUGGUUUCUGAGAGCACCAGGCAAACACGUGGUGAACAUACAUGCAUGCACAAAAAAAUAAGUAAAAACAAAAACAAAACCAGAAAAACUUGUUUGGUUUUUCAAGACAGGUUUUCUCUAUGUAACCCUGGCUGUCUUGAAAUUCUUUGUAGACCAGGCUGGCCUAGAACUCAUAGAAAUCACCUGCCUCUACCUCCCAAGUUCUGGGAUUAAAGGUAUAUACCACCAUGCCGGGCUUAGUAAAUAAAUUUUUUUUUAUUUCAAAAAUCUCAUAGGUUUCAAGUAAGUUUAUGUUGGUGUUGCUCCGUGGUCACUGCUGUCUGGGGCUGCAUGGCUAGACACACCUACACUACUAUUGUACUUAUAAUUCUGUUGAUACACAUUUGGUUUCCUUCCUAUUUUUAGCAAAUACAAAUCUCACAGCACUUUAAUCUGUGGAAUUUUCUUUUUCCUGUUCAGUUAUUUUUACCAGAUAAGCUCUUUGCCAGGGUGAUAACUGCACCAAAGGGUGGGGACCGCUUCAGCUCCUCUCUCCAAGUAUAGACAAUUUUAUCAGAAAGCAAAGCCUACCCACGGCUUUAAAUCACAACACUCCCUGAAGCAGAAGCAGGUGGAUCUCUGAGUUCAAGGCCAGCGGUCAGCCUGGUUUACAGAGCAAGACCCUGACCCAAAAAGGUGCGGGGGUGGGGGAGGGUAAUGCCAAGUUCUAUAGGAUAGGCCAACUAGUCCUGAAUCUGAGCAGGCAAUGCAAUGUUCUCUAGGAUAGGCCAACUAGUCCUGAGUCUGAGGCAUCAUCUGACUAAUCAGGAAGUAAUGGCGUCUGUAAGCCUGUCAGAUGCAGCCAUAUUGUCUCUCUGCAACGCCGCCUUGAACGCCAACCACAGUGAAAGCUGUUUCAGCUUCUUUGAAAAGUUUUAACCCUGACUGAUUGAUCAAUUGCGUGUAUAUGUGUAAAUGUGUAUAUGUGUGCGUAUGCAUGUGUGUGUGCCCAUGAAGGAACUCAGAAGACAAAUUGCAAAAAUCAAGGUUUUCCUUCCAUCAGGUGGGUCCUGGGAUCAAACUCAGGUUGUGGGGAUUGGUGACAAGUGUCUUUAUCUGAUGAACCAUCUCUCUAGGUCCCAUUUAGAUUUUGGUGCAUAUGUAUAACCUUCAUUUGAUAAUGACAAUUUGCUACUAAAAAGCACAUAUUCCAUACGACAUAGGAGCUGGGCUCCAGAGAAGUUUCCACCCACUAGCUUGUCCUCGCCCCUUUGUUUUUCUUAGUUCCAGGAUCUGAAGUAACUGGGUCCAAACGCAGACUUUGGCUAGGCUGACUUUUGUGAUGGGUUGGUUGGGGCAGCGUGUGUGUGUGUGUGUGUAUGUGUGUGUGUGUCUGUGUAUGUCUCUGUCUGUGUGUAUGUGUGUGCAUGUGCGUGUAUGUCUCUAUUGUGUAUAUGUGUGCAUAUGUCUCUGUGUCUGUGUGUAUGUGUGUGCAUAUGUGUGUAUGUCUCUGUGUGUGUAUAUGUGUGCCUGUGUAAGUGUAUGUCUCUGUGUAUGUAUAUGUGUGUGUGCAUGUGUAUAUGUCUCUGUGUGUAUGUGUGUGCAUGUGUGUAUGACAGAUCAACCCCAGGCUUCAUUCCACUUUUUUGAGACAAUCUCAGUCUCCCUCUCACUGGGGUUUCGCCAGUUAGGCUAAGCUGGCUGUCCAGAAGCCUGAGGGAUCUGCCUAUCUCUGAUUCUUCUGUACAAGGACAACACAUGCACACCAGCCUUUUACACCUGGGGUCAAACUCAGGCCCUUGGAUUUUCACAGGGGGCACCCUACGGGCUGAGUCACUUCUCCAGUCCCCAAACACACGCUUUGUAGCUAAGGAAAAGACGGCCAGUCAGGAACCCCUGAAAAGGCAGGUUCCAGCCUCCCAGCACCCUGCCUUCCUCCCUCAUCCUAAUCGCAGUGCAGGCCCUCUGACCUCUAGGAGCAGAGACCACAGGCAGGUCACAGAAAACUGAGGAAGAGAGGAUCUGCAGGGGCAUGACCAUGGAGCGUCUGAGGCACGUGACCUAGACCGUCCCUAAUGGGGUAAGUCUAUGCACACAGGUGCGGGCUAUGCUGCAACCGGCAGUGACAUCACUGUGUGUCAUGACAGACGGCAUGCCCAAAAGCAUCAUCUGUAAAGGACAUAGCAUGCCCAGAGGCUAACGCAAUCAGCAGCCUUGGGAAGGGCCAGACCUCAGACAGACACCGGCAACGCUAGGGAGAGCUAUGUCCAGGUGCCAACCAACGCUCGGGCUGAAGGCUGAAUUCACUCACUUCAGUCCAAGCUCACUCAGGGACAAAGUGACUCCUCCUUGGAGGCCUUAACACUGAGACAUACGGACAGAGAGAGAGAAUAGGAGUGCUCAGGUACCCAUCACCUGUAUCUAUUCCAGGUCCUCUAGGAAGCUGACGCUGAGACACACACAGUGUGUGUGUGUGUGAUGUAUAAGGUGCACGCACCUAGACACUCCUCCACCUCUGACUGAGUGAUAAACAGAAGAAGAUGUUCAUGUGUCACACACAGAGUGACACACGACAAAGAGAAAGGAAAGUCAUGGCUGCCUCCCUCGGACUGAGGCCUGGCACUGAGAAGGCCUGAGGAGAGGGCCGAGAGAAGCUGGGGCAGGAAGGUCUGUUUUUCAGGUAGUUGCCAGGCAGUGUUGGGAGCCUGAGGUUGACAAUGGAGUUGGUGGAGACAGAGCUGUGUGUGGUGGCAUUUCAUUUGUAUGUUAAUAAAUAAAGCUUGUCUGAGGAUCAGAAAAGCAAAACAGCCACACUGGUCAGGCUUACAUACCAGGCAGCGGUGACACACAUCUUUAAUCCUAGUAGCCACACUAGUUGCCAUAGAAACCAGGUGGUAGUGGUGCAUGCCUUUAAUCCGAGAACUAGAGAGGAUUAUAAAACAGGAGACAGACAGCUCUCAGUUUGUCUCAUUCUGAGAUUCCUGGAGGCAGGAUGGCCAUUUUCUGACUGAGGUCAAGGUAAGAGCCAGCGGCUGGCUGCUUUGCUUUUCUGGUCUUCAGG